AAACAACAAAUGACAAAAAGCGCGCUGAAGCCGAUUCAGUGAAUAAAAUCGCGAAUUUUGCCUAUUUAUUUGCCAUUUAAACCUUAAUCAUGGGUAGAAAAUCAGAGAAAGCGAAAGAAAAGAAACGUCUAUGGAAAGAAGAGAAUGCCAAGAUCAAAGCAUCGUUACUCAUUGUGGAGGCUGCCAACAAGCUGGAGGAUCCAAUGGAAAAACUUCUUCCCUUCAAAAAGUUCGACAGAAAUGGGCUACAGGUGACCAUUGACUGUAAGAAAGGACCAGAUGUGAGUGUCGAGAUCAUGGAUUGGGCAUUUGAACUCACGAAGAAGAACAUGCAGUCACUAUAUGAGGAGAGUGAGUGGGGUUGGAAAGACCGUGAAAAGCGAGAAGAAAUGGAAGAAGAGAAGGCUUGGUAUCUCCUCGCUUGUGAUGGCACCGCCAAGACCGUGGCCUUCGUUCACUUUAGAUUUGAUAUGGAAUGUGAUGAUGAAGUCUUAUACUGUUAUGAGAUUCAACUUGAGCCAACUGUGAGAAGAAAGGGCCUUGGGAAGUUCCUCAUGCAGAUAUUAGAGUUAAUGGCUCACAAGACGCAGAUGAAGAAAGUGAUGUUGACAGCUUUCACACACAAUGCUGAUGCUGAAAUGUUUUUCAAAAAGAAACUCAAGUACGAGGUGGAUGAAAUCACCCCAGAAGAUCACCCAAUGUUCGGUGAGGGCUACACAUACGAAAUUCUCAGUAAAACAAUGGCACAGCCUAAAAAAGUGGCAGCCCCGCCUGCCAAUCAGGCCAAUGGACACACUGCAUGUUGUGGUGGUCAUCAUGUAAAUGGACAUUCAUGAUGAACUUCCUUUUAUUUUUCCAUGAAAUUGAAUACCAGAUACUGACUGUUUUGCAUUUAUGAUCGGUGAUUAGGGUUCCUUCUCAGAAAUUGCACUUGACGAAAUCGAUAAAGUUUGCAGAAUGAUAAAGUGAGACCCUCUAUGGAUGUGGCCUUUGCAUGGUACUGCUACUCUGUUGCCAAAAAAACAGAUAGAAAUGCUAUUGAGAAAGUGAGCGGUGUUCUGUCUAGGCUGUAAAUGACAUGGCAAAGCAAGUCGGUCCAACUUUCUCAUCAAUUCCUCCAAACCUUGGGAUUUGCUUCCUUUUGUCAGUUCUAGACAGAUGAGUGCUUCAAUGUGUUUUGAAAGUCAAUGAAAAUCAUGUCUAGGUUAAGCGAGAGACUGGGUGGACCAAGGGUUAAAGGGGAAAAGAAUUUUGUACCUUGUUGUUUUCUUAAGCCUGCAGCACACUAGCCGCCAACUUCGGCGUUCACAGGCGUUUUUUGCCGCAAGAGUCCUGAACACCUGAAAAAUCCCUAGUCUGCUACGAACGGCGUCGGCGAACGCGACUUGACGCCACUUGCCGUAACUAAGCGCAAAAUAUCUAACAUGUUUGAUUUUUGACGCGUGUCGCCGCGCUUGAACGCAAGAAGAAGCCAGGUGUGCUACGGAUGGUCGCCUGACUUGGCGUCGGCGGCGAGGCUAUGGCCAAUCAGCCUGCGUCUUGAUGUCACAUGAUUUCAAAAGGGCAGCCUAAAGUGGCGGAAAAGAUGCUACUUGACGCCAAUUCUGGGAAGAUGUGCUCUGACCGGGAUCCACUGGCCGCCAACUAUGGCGUCAAGAUACGUCAGCCGAACGCUUCUUGUCACCAAAGUUGGCGGCCAGUGUGCUGCAGGCUUUAGAAUUCCUAAUUCAUGUUUGUGCAAUAUCAUGAAAUAGCUUAAUUCCCUCGGUCACAGUUUACCAAUGUUAGUAAUGGAAAUGACGUAAGGACACAUUAUGAUCGUUAUUAUGCAACCAAGGACUGACAGGCUCAAAUUUGAUGGCAGAUAUUUACUGUGAGCCCUUAGAAAUUAACUCGAUUAAUCAACACGCUGCUGGUCCUUGGUUGUCUAAUCUAGACCAUUCUGCACCCCAGACAGCCAAUGCUCAAUUCCUUGAGGUGGCAGCACACCUGACUUCAACUCUGGCGUCCAGAGGAGUUCGACUGAAUGCCACUCAUCGCUGAAUCGGUAGCACACCUGGCUGCUUCAGGUGUUCACUGGCGUUCACCAGAGUCCAAAAUCAAACCAGUUUAAUAUCUGGCGUCGAGUGGAGUUCACCGGCGGCCAGCGGCGUCAAGUCGUAGCACACCUGGGACUGGGAGUUUUCUGGCGUUCAGACGGCCAAAAAACUCACUGGAGGCUGAAGUUGGAGUGAGGUGUGCUGCGAGCUUUAAGUACCAUGAGUACAGACCUGCAUUGGCCUAUUAUUUGGUGAUGUUUUGAAGACAAAGUUUGAAAAAUCAUCUUUCCAGUGCUAAGAUUGAAAUUAAUCAUAGACUAUGUACUACUUCAAAAAAAGACCAAGCCAUGAUCAUGAUUUGUGUUUUGAAAUUUUUGUAUUCAAUAAAU